CAUAACUAAAGCACACUUUGCAGUUUAGUAAAUGUAAUCACAUUUGUUUAUAUCUUGAAAACAUCAGUAUCACUGGGAAGAUUUGACUGAAAAGAAGAACUAAUCAGAUGUUAGAACCGCAGUCAGUAUCUAUCAUAACAGGGCGUUUGACAACACCUCAGGAAGCAGGAGUGUUCGGCCCAUCCAUCGCUGGGUUGAUUCGACAGAAUGUAAUUCUAUUGAGUUAUUCAUACCAAGUGGUCCCAGAGGAAAUUAAUCCAAGGACCCGAACAGAUGGAUAAUGGAGACUGGGGAUAUAUGCGCAAAAAUGUCUGGAAGCUGAGACCUGAAAAGUUUAGUAUUGUCACAGUUUGUCCCAAGGAUGAUUCUUCAGUAAGUGACUGUACAAAAACAUGUAUGGGUGAACCUGUCACGCUUAAUGUGGGAGGUCACUUGUACACAACCUCCAUUAGCACCUUGACUAGAUAUCCAGACUCUAUGCUUGGAGCCAUGUUUAGGGGAGCCUUCCCCACAGCUAGAGACUCCCAGGGUAACUAUUUUAUUGAUAGAGAUGGCCCACUAUUCCGGUAUAUUCUAAAUUUCUUAAGGACCUCAGAGCUUACACUGCCUCAGGAUUUUAAGGAAACUGAUUUACUUCGAAAAGAAGCUGACUUUUAUCAGAUUGAGCCAUUGAUCCAGUGUCUGAAUGAUCCCAAACCUCUGUAUCCAGUGGACACCUUUGAGGAGGUAGUGGAACUGUCCAGCACACGUAAGCUUUCCAAAUAUUCUAAUCCUGUGGCAGUUAUCAUAACUCAACUGACCAUUACAACCAAGGUCCAUUCUUUACUGGAAGGCAUUGCAAACUAUUUUACCAAGUGGAACAAACAUAUGAUGGACACCCGAGACUUCCAAGUUUCUUUUACGUUUGGGCCAUGUGACUAUCAUCAGGAAGUCUCCCUGCGAGUUCACUUAAUGGAAUACAUUACCAAACAAGGUUUUUCCAUUCGAAACACAAGGGUGCAUCAUAUGAGUGAACGGGCCAAUGAGAACACUGUGGAACACAACUGGACUUUUUGUAGACUCGCACGGAAAACAGAAGACUGAGAACUUAUUGGAAGGUGACUUCUAAUGGACUAUAGUCUUCUUAAACUUUUUUGAAGCUGCUUAAAAUAUUUCUGAUUUAAAUGAAGGCAUGGUCAGUUAUUAGGUAAUUUUAAUGAACUAUAUCAGGGAACCCAUCAUUUAAACGUGAUCUGUCCCUUCUGUUCUUACAUCUCUAUAUGCAUGUAGCAAACUACUGAAAGCUACUUAAAUAAGUUAAAUGAUGAAGAAACAGCACAUUAUUUUAAACAAGAAAACAUUAUAAUAUGUAAAUAUAACCAUUUAUAACCAAUUGUCUGGGACUGUAGGAUCAGAUGCUGAACAGCAUCCUUGCAUGUUUUGAACAUUAUGAGGUGCUUUGUACAAUUCUGUGAGUUAACUGUAUUAAGAUAAUGAACAGUGUUGCAACACUAAAGAAAAAUAUUGCUAGUCAUUUGUGGUACCUCUUUAUCCACUUUAGAACUGUUAUAGCACCUCUUUAUUUCUAUGCAUAUAAACCAAGCAACCAAAUAUAUAUAUAUAUAUAUAUAUAUAUAUAUAUAUAUAUACAGAAACGUGAGACUUUCAUAUUUAUAAGUCACUAAAAAUGUAAAUAAUGCUUUUUAUUUUUAGUAUCAUUAUUUUUAAAUGUACACUUCCUAGCUAAAAAAAAUAGAAAAUCUACAGCUUAAAUAUUUGAAAUUGUUCAUUUAGUUCACUGUAUAUUAAAGAACAAAAGAGUUGUAGAGAGAGAGGCUGUUUGUAUGUUUAUGAACUAUUGGUCUUCAUUUUGUUCAUUGGGCAGCUUUAUUAUGAUUCCAAUUUUAAAAAAAAUUGUUAGUUGAAGCAGUUGGGUAUCACUGAGGUACUGCUGCAGUUUUUUAUUGUCCUUGUCUAGAGCAAAUAAAAGGAUGAAGUAUCUUGACCUUCUCCCCACCUCUGAGAGCAGCCUAGUUUGAAAUACUGUAGGCAUUUCUGCUGUAGUUUGCUGAACUAUGAACAUUUUCCAUGACGUUGUGGUAGUUUUUUAUACUGUGGUUUGUAGGCUUCUUUUGCUUUUAAUGUUUUGAUCUCAUUUUGGAUAAGGCAGACACAAGACAGUACAAAUAAAGAGUGUAACAGCAUAAUUGUAAAACAAUUUUAUUGCUGCUUCAAGUCAGUGUACUGUGCCAUUUUAUUUAUUUAUUUAUUUGAAUUGGCAAAAGUGUAAUGCAGCAGUUAUGCAUAAAGUAUUUGAAAAUGUCACAUACCCAGUCUCAAGCACAAGUAAAAACACCUUACAGUACAAGUACUCAAUAGCAUAUAAAAACUACUUUACAUUCGUGUAAAUUAAUUUUCAUAUUAUAACUUAUUUUAACUGAGUAUAAGAAGAUGACGUAGCCAUAAUGGCUUGAUUAUGAAGGGUUGUGUUUCCAGUCUGUGUUUAAAUUGUGUUUGAAUGAUAUUUAAUCAGAAGGUCUGAGCUCUGUAGAAGUAUUAACUAUAAGAACAAUUUCAACUUCCAGCAAACGUGGAUAUAUCAGGAUGUGUAGUGAUUUAUCAUGCAGGUAAAACAAAAUGUAUACUUGAUGAAAGUUGUUAUGGGAGAUGUACCUUUAUGAAGUAUUCUCACAUUUAUGGACUUUGUAUUAGUUACAGCCAUUUCACAGGCUGAUGGAAUUAAUAAAAAGACAGUACUAGACUGAUA